GAUUAAUAGCACAUUCAAAUUAAUGACAGCAACCCAGAUUCAGACUGGUGCCUCUUGGGGAUCGAAUAGCUUCACGUCAUUGAUUCAUUCGAGAAUAUAUGGAAGUUUCUGCAGAAGUAUUUUCAAAUACAGAAUAAUGUCCUCGUCCACUGACCGACUCCGGGCGAUGAUAUCUGCGGCUGACGCCGGUGAUACAUGCGAAAAAGCGGCAACAGUAGUUGACUGUAUGCCCUCAGGUGUGUGCUUUCCCGACGAAGUGAGAAGUCGGAUUCUGCAGUUUUUGUGUCCGUUUGCCUCAUUGCCUUGUCGACUUCGAAUGUGUGGGCGCAACUUGAUUUGCAAAGAUAGAGACGACAGGGAAGGAACGGAUUUUAUAGCGCGUGAUCUUCGUUCCACACAGAAUCCAGAAAACUCCCUGGAUAUCGCCAGAAGCGAUGCGACUUCAUCUACUGUUGAUGAAGAUCGCUUACUGCUACGCCGGUUGAUUGUAACCUUGAGCGCAGAUCUGGAGCGCUUGAUUUCAAAGUCGCUGGCAAGACAUCCUUUCACGAUUGACGCAGAGUAUCAUAUUUGGCCAAUUCAUACUAAUGAGGUGUGCGAAAAGACAGCUACAAAAGGGAACACUCGUGUGGAGGAUGAAAGUGAACAAGGACAAAAAAUCGGAACUGAUGAAUUCGAAGGACAAGGAGUACAUCAUGAUCAAGAAGGUGCAAAUUGCGCUGCUCGCGGUACUGCUGCAACAGACAAAAAUAUUGCUGACAACCCGGAAGGUCAUCACCAGAGCGUUGGAGCGGAGAAGGGGACAUGUUUUCAGCAAGAUGAAGCCGUACCAGGUGGCGCCGCAUUAGUGGAGGUUGCGGAAUCGCCUUCGCGGUUUCUAGACUUUUCGCGGUCUGUACCAACCCUCGCGAAUCGCGUGAACAAAAUUUGUUCAGACAUUCAGAAAUGGGAUCUUUACGGACCUCCCCGUCAGGAACCAGAAGCCGUCUCAGAAGAUGGCGUCCCUCAGAUAGACGGAACGACCCGAAGCACUUGCAGAAUGCAUGAUCAGCAUCUGCCGAAGCUAGUUUUGAAAACCGAAUGUCCAGUGCUGCUUGUAUUAUGGUAUUUCUUUUGACCACUCAGAUCAGUUGUUACGGUCAGACGAGUUGUUCUGCUCUUGCAGCUCCUCUGUGAGUUGGGGCAUCCUCGUUCGAGCUGGAAAUCUAAAGUGUGUCCACGCACUUACUAGAAGAAGAUAGCAUCGAGAUAGGGCAAAAAUGCUUGUCUAAUUCCACUCGCCAGAGCGAGCGGCAAAGUUUCGAGAGGUCUCCGUCGCGCGACGACUCGACGCGUGACCGAUCUGUGCGCUGCCAUCAUUCAGAUAUUUUCAAAUACUGAGAAAGAUGCGAGCGUCGCCGGAGCAUGAGAAAGUAUUUCUAUGGAAAAGACACAGAGACAGACACUAUGUUCUAGCCAAAAUAGGCACUUAAGUGCGGAUGCACAUGAUGCAUCAUCAAUGAAGUGAAAAGGUACUUUGUGAGAUAUUAGAAGUCGUCACUUCCAAAUGAACUUCUUGAGGCUCUAAGUCCUAAGUACGACCAGUCUUAUACGAACAGUAGAAACGAU